AUGUGGUUCAAGGGAUUUGGCCUUGGGCUCUUCGUAGUCCUGGCUGCUGUCCUGAUAUUGGGCACCUUUGCUGCUACCUAUCAAGAGUUCCUGGAGCACCACUACGAUUACCCCAGGAGCAACGUGCGCGGAAAUUACUGUAAUGGAAUGAUGCGAAGACGUGGAAUGACCAGUCCCAAAUGCAAGCCAUUGAAUACUUUCAUCCAUGACACAAGGAACAGAAUCAUUGCUGUGUGUGGAAAUGAAGGAACAUUAAUUCCACGUGUUCAUCCUACCGAUCCUGAUCUGUGGCGUAGCCAUCGGGAGUUUCGUGUCACUACUUGCAAAUUAAGAGGAUCCUCUCUUGACCCUCCUUGUGAAUACAGGGGUAACACUUCGCCCAGGUAUAUUGUGGUUGGUUGUGGGGCGGAAUUGCCUACACACUACCAGGAAGCCAAUAACUGUCCUGCUUUGAGGAAAUCAGAAAUUGAGUAUUAUGCUAUGUUGGCACUGCAUCACUACAGUGGCAACAAUAUUGAACUGGGGACAGUUUUUGGGAAGUACUAA